GAAGGAUAGGAUGAGAGGCAUCGUUAAUAUUUUGAAAAUGUUCGUUGGAUUUUUCUAUGAUUACGCGCGUGGAUUGUCUUACACCGUUACUAUAAUCUUGGUCCUGGGUUACUGUCUGCAUCCAGCUAGAUUUGCUUCACAUUACACAUUCAUAAAGUCAGAAGACAUCUAUGACGAGAUGGAAAGAUCCUACCCGGCAAAAGACAACUCUUGCAUGGUCGCGAUUAAUCCCAGGAGAUCUCACUUACUUUAUCCCGAAGAACAUCCGCGAGAAGAUCCAGUGGCAAUGGCGCGACGCCUAGGUAUAUUACCUGGAGGACAAUGGAAGCCCCUCAAUUGCCAUCCCCUUUUCAACGUGGCUAUCAUAUUGCCGUAUCGAAAUCGACAGACACAACUGACCAUUUUUAUGAACUAUAUUCAUCCUUUUCUGCAAUCACAAAAUCUUGACUAUAGGAUAUUCGUGAUAGAGCAGAGUCCUAUGCGAGAAUUUAAUCGAGCUAAAUUAUUUAACGUUGGGUAUGCAGAAGCAACCAAAGUGAACGACUUUCAUUGCUUCAUCUUUCAAGACAUAGACUUAAUACCCCAAAAUCCUGACAAUAUUUAUGCCUGCACCAAAAUGCCUAGACAUAUGAGCUCAAGUGUGAACACAUUCCGUUAUAAUUUACCUUACACUGGCUUGUUUGGAGGUGCUAUUGCACUUACUCGUAAACAAUUUGAGCGAGCUAAUGGGUUUUCAAAUGUUUUCUAUGGAUGGGGUGGAGAAGAUGAUGACUUUUAUAGUCGUCUGCAAUCCAGAGGUUUCCAGGUCACUCGUUUUGGACCUGAUGUUGCUCAGUAUUAUAUGUUAACGCAUAAGAAAGAAACUCCAAGUAAUGCCAGAUUCGAAAAUUUAGAAACUGGUGCUAAAAGAUAUGACACAGAUGGAAUUAGUAAUCUUGAAUACAGGGUCUUGAAUCAUCAGUUAAGGCCAUUGUAUUCAUGGAUCUUAGCAGACGUUUAG